AUGAAGAUACAACAGCAAAGCUCAAAGCUAGUGACCCCAUCCUACGAGAACAAAUCCCAUGUCUCCUCCACCUCCACCACCACCCCCCUUGGCCCCUUCGACCGAGCAGCCGGCGACUUUCAUGUGCCCAUGAUCUUUGCCUAUAAAGACCCAACGCCACCGAACUCCACCCUCGAGCAUGGCCUCAGCCUCAUCCUUGCCGACUAUCGUGAGUGGGCUGGCCGCCUCACUGACGACCGACGAACCAUCAUCGUCAACGACAAGGGCGUUCCCUUCAUCGAGGCCAUGGCCUCGUGCACACUCGACGAGGCCAUGCCUUUGGAAUCAAACCCUCAACUUCUUGACCUCCAUCCGAGCCUGAAAUGCAUGGAGGAGUUGUUGCAAGUCCAACUCACUCGCUUCACAUGUGGCUCCCUAGUUGUUGGCUGCACAACCAGCCACUUGGUGGCGGAUGGCCAGGCCGUAUGCUUCUUUUUGAUAGCAUGGGGAAAAGCCACCCGUGGCCAAUGGGUUAGCCCAACCACGAUGCACUGCCGAGCGGUGAUCCAGCCCCGCGAGCCACUUUCCAUCGAGUUCGACCAUUUAGGGGUCGAAUACACGGAGAAGAGGCUCGUAAGGGACAUUCCGCAGGGUGAAAUGGUGAGAAACCUUAGAUUACACAAAGCCCACUUUUCUCCAGAUUUUCUGGCCAGGCUCAAGGGUCAAGCAUCGUUGGGCUGUACAAGUGGGCGUGGGUACAGCACCGUGGAGAGCUUGGUGGCGCACUUGUGGCAAAAGGUGGCGCAACUGAGCAUGGGCAGGAGCGAGACGAGCCGAUUGCGAAUGACGGUGAACGUGCACUCACGUCUGGUGCCGCCUAUUCCCAAAGAUUACUUUGGUAACAUGGUUUUAUUGGGCGAUGUACGAAUCGGGGUGAGCGAGCUCUUAAGCAAGCCACUGCAUCAAGUGGCGGAGGUGGUGCGGGCGGCGAUUGCAAAAGUGAACGAUAGGUACGCGAGGUCGUUUGUGGACUUUGACGCGCACAUAGAGAGACAUGGGGAUUGGAGUGAGUUGGUGCCUACGCCUGAACUGGAUGGCUUUUGUCCAAAUCUGGAGGUGAAUAGUUGGUUGGGGUUUGCCUUUGACGACAUGGAUUUUGGGAGUGGAGGGCCUCAUGUGUUUUUGCCCUCUUGCCUUCCUGACGAGGGGGUUAUGGUAAUCAUGCCUCCAAUGCAUGGGAAGCGGGGAAUAGAUAUAUAUCUCCCUCUAUCUGACCCUAACAAGGCCCUCUUUCAGCGCAUCACCCACUCCCCUCUCUCUGACCUUUAG